GCCAUGGACACCUACGUGGAAAUGAACACCAAGGGAAGGAUGCCAGUCUUGGGGCUGGGGACCUGGCAGGCCCCUCCUGGAAAAGUGGAAGAAGCCAUUAAGCUUGCCAUCGAUCUCGGGUACCGCCAUAUCGACUGCGCGCACCUGUACAGGAAUGAAAAUGAAAUCGGCAAUGCCAUUCAGCAGAAGAUCAAAGAAGGUGCUGUGAAACGGGAAGACCUCUUCAUUGUCAGUAAGCUAUGGUGCACGUUCCACGACAAAUCCCAGGUGAAAGGAGCAUGCCAGGAUUCCCUUGCUGCUUUGAAGCUGGAUUACCUGGACCUCUACAUCAUUCACUUCCCCAUGGGUUUCAAGGCUGGAGAUGACCUGUAUCCUCUAGAUGAACACGGCAAGGUGAUCCCCAGUAACACUGAUAUUCGAGACACCUGGGAGGGAAUGGAAGACCUGGUGGAUGCCGGCCUGGCAAAAGCAGUUGGGAUCUCGAACUUUAACUGUGAGCAGAUAGAAAGAAUCUUGAGCAAACCUGGUUUAAGGUACAUCCCUGCAAAUAACCAGAUUGAAUGUCACCCGUACCUUACCCAGGAAACUCUGAUUAAUUUCUGCCUUUCCAAAGGGAUCACCGUGUGCGCCCACAGCCCCUUCGGCUCACCUGGUAACCCAGUGAGCACCCUUGGGAAGACAAGGUAUACGUCUCUGCUUGAGGACCCCACCGUAAAGAAGAUUGCAGACAAGUACGACAAAACACCUGCUCAGGUUCUGCUCCGAUUUCACAUUGAGAGAAAUGUGCCUGUGAUUCCAAAGACAGACAAACCACACCGCCUCAAGGAGAAUCUCCAGGUGUUCGACUUCAAACUGUCUGAUGAAGAUAUGAAAACACUGUUGUCUUUGAACAAAAACACAAGAGUCUAUUCAAUGCCCCCGUGUGCCGAACACAAGGAAUAUCCUUUCCACGUGGAUUACUAAAUUCAUUGUUGUCUUCACACCCGUAGUCUAGGGAUUUCCAAAAUGUUAAUGUUACCAGCAGUUUUCUGAAGAAUAAUGUCUGCUUUGUGUUUGUGUGUGUGGAGGGGAGUAUUUAAUCAAUCUUCUUCCCCCCAUAUACUUUUCAUUUAAACUCUUACAAAUUUAAAUUGCCCAGGGGCUAUCACUAAAGAGAACAUGGGAAGAACAAAAAUGCAGCUUAGCACAGCCAGUGCCAUGCUUUGCAAGGUGCAAGUGGGCCUCUGCUGACAAAAGCAGCAGUCUAGAGAACACGCUUGUGUAACGUUGAGAUAAGCUUAUCUAGGGUAGAUCUAGGUGUGCAGUUUAUUACUCUUAGGAUACUUUUACACAUCUGUCACCUAUUUUAUCACACACACACACACAAUUAUCUUUAUUAUACAAUCCUGGAAGUUAUAUACUUACUACAACAUUUCAGUGUGUUCGUUUAUUUUGUUUGUUUGAAUUCUGGAACUUUUCCAAGCAAAUUUCUUU